CGAGUUGCUACGGCAGGGCAGUUGCAUGACGCACAGGAGCUCAUAAAGCAAAGCGCGGAGGCGAUCAAACGGUCGACUGAGGUUCUCGAGUAGCCCAUCACCAGCGCCAUGUACAUUGUACCGAGCCUGAUUGUGGUCGUGGUGGUGCUCUUCCUGAUUGCGAUUGGCCUCCUUGUCUUUGCCGGCCGACGCGGCUGGACACACUGGGCCCGUUGCACCCCAGCCAACCUCGCCCUCUCCUAUGUUGCCAGUCCGACCGUACUCCUCGUUUAUCGCCUGGGCAUCUUCACCUACUGCUGCAGCAUUCUCAUCUGGUUGUUGGCGCGCAAAGAGGGUGAGAAGGGUCUGCUCUUCUACACUGUCUGGAACUUUACGUUUCUGACCGUAUUCUUCUUGCUUGCCUCUGUCCAAAGCGUGUCGGCGCGCAUGGUCGGAUAUGAUGUAUCACGAAACCCGAGCACGCGCUUGCUUGAUCGCACAACCCUCAUCAUGUUUGAGAUUGCCAUGACCAUGGUAUUCCUGGUGGACGUCGUUUUGUGGGGAGUGUUGUAUCCUCAGGCCAAGCAUGUGGCUCACCGCGAUGACAACCCCGAUGCUUGCUGCCAAAAGUUUCUCAACUUUGGCUCGUACAAUGUCCAUGGCUUCAACAUGAUCUUUAUGCUGGGCGAGCUCUUCCUGAACCGAAUCCCGAUCAUUCCGGCCCACGUUAGCUUUGUCAUUUUCUGGAUGCUCACAUAUGGAAUCUACUCUUGGAUCAUUCGUGCGUCGGGGGGGCGAUGGGUGUACUUUUUCCUGGACACGACCAAGCAAGAUGCCCCAGGAUGGUACCUGGGCAUGGCGGCAUUGCACAUUGUGUUCUUCUUCUUUGCCUUUGGCCUGACCAAGCUCAAGACGCGUUGCUUCCGGAAUGCUCGUGACACUGAGGCUGAGGAGAUUGAGGCCACCUACUUGCUCUCAACAAACUCAAGCAUCGCCUAAGGUUUCUCGUGCGCUUUCUUCCUUG